AUGAGCGCGCCCUCCCGGAGAAAAGGCGAGGGAGGGGGGGAAGGGAGGAGGAAGAGGAGGAGGGAUCCUGGCAAGUUCAGUUUGGUACCAAGUGGCGGCUAGGCUGCGGGGCUCGGCUAGGCGAUGGAUAAGGAUGAGAUCCACCUGCGCAGGCUGCCGGCCGCAGCGCCCUGGGGACCACACGCAGACAGUGAGUUUCAUGGGGUAGAUUUUCUGCCAGAAGAUCUCAACGAGGCUCCAGAGGAGACAGUGAUGAGGGUGAACAAGAAAUACUCCUGUCUACCUGCUGAGGAGAAGGGAAUCCACAUUAUCAACAUCCGAGCUAUUGAGGAUAUAGGAUAUGACCAGCAUGAGAGUACAUUAUUAAAUUCCCUAUCCAAAAAUCCAGAUGCUGACUGCAAAUAUGGACUCUACUUCAGAGAUGGCAAGAGAAAAGUAGACUACAUCCUAGUUUAUCAUUACAAGAAGUCCUCUGCAGGGAGGACACUCGCCAGGAGAGUUCAUCAUAAUGAUUCAAGUGCCCGAAGCACCAAGCAGGACCAGCCACUUCCUGGGAAGGGAGUGCACCUGGAAAUGGGAGAAAGUGAACCUCACGUGGAUUACCAUGAAGAUGACAAGAGGUUUCGCAGGGAGGAGUAUGAAGGGAACCUUGUGGAGGCUGGUCUGGAACUGGAACGUGAUGAGGACACUAAAAUCCAUGGCAUUGGAUUUGUAAAAAUACAUGCACCGUGGAAUGUAUUGUGUCGAGAGGCAGAAUUUCUUAAGCUCAAGAUGCCCACAAAAAAGAUGUAUCAGAUCAAUCAAACCCAUGGUCUUCUGAAAAAGAUUAAUUCCGUAAUUCAAAAAAUAACAGAACCCAUCCAGCCAAAAGUAGCAGAACACAAACCUCAGACAGUGAAGCGCCUCUCCUAUCCUUUCUCCAGAGAGAAGCAGCACUUAUUUGAUUUGUCUGACAGAGAUUCCUUCUUUGACAGCAAAACAAGAAGCACUAUAGUUUAUGAAAUACUGAAAAGAACGACGUGUACCAAAGCAAAAUAUAGCAUGGGGAAAGGAGAGGGAAGAAAGAAGGAAACUACCCUUUUAAAUAAAAGACGAAAAUGUGGUAAAUAUGGGAUCACCAGUCUGCUUGCCAAUGGAGUUUACAGUGCUGCGUAUCCUUUGCAUGACGGUGACUAUGAAGGUGAAAACAUUGAACCUAAUGACAGAAAACUCCUGUGUGAGGAGUGGGCAAGCUACGGAGUUUUUUAUAAGUACCAGCCAAUUGACCUGGUCAGAAAAUACUUUGGAGAGAAGAUUGGACUGUAUUUUGCCUGGCUGGGAGUUUAUACACAAAUGCUUAUUCCAGCUUCAAUUGUAGGGAUCAUAGUUUUCCUAUACGGCUGUGCAACUGUGGAUGAGAAUAUACCAAGUAUGGAAAUGUGUGACCAGAGGAACAAUAUCACCAUGUGUCCCUUAUGUGACAGAACAUGCAGUUACUGGAAGAUGAGCUCUGCUUGUGCGACUGCUCGUGCAAGCCAUCUGUUUGAUAACCCUGCAACUGUCUUCUUCUCAGUCUUCAUGGCUCUCUGGGCUGCCACCUUCAUGGAACACUGGAAGAGAAAACAGAUGCGUCUCAACUACAGGUGGGACCUGACUGGGUUUGAAGAGGAGGAGGAGGCAGUCAAGGAUCAUCCAAGAGCAGAAUAUGAAGCUAAAGUUUUAGAAAAAUCACUGAGAAAAGAACACAAACAUAAAGAGAAGCACCGAUAUUUUCCAGAAGAGACAGCAAACAAAUGGAGACAAAGAGUUAAGACAGUCAUGGCUGGGGUGAAAUUGACAGAUAAAGAAAAGCUGACAUGGAAGGAUCGUUUUCCAGCCUAUCUAACCAAUUUUGUUGGCAUUAUCUUCAUGGUUGGGCUGACAUUCGCCAUAGUGUUUGGAGUCAUAAUAUACCGGAUCUCGACUGCAGCUGCACUGGCAAUCAGUUCAACUCCCUCGGGCCGGUCAAGCGUUAGGGUCACCGUCACUGCCACCGCAGUCAUCAUCAAUUUGGUUGUUAUCAUCAUCCUGGAUGAAGUAUACGGCUGCAUUGCAAGGUGGCUAACUCAGAUCGAGGUGCCAAAAACUGACAAAAAUUUUGAAGAGCGGCUGAUUUUUAAGGCUUUCCUGCUGAAAUUUGUCAAUGCCUACACACCCAUUUUCUACGUCGCUUUCUUCAAAGGCCGAUUUGUUGGACGUCCAGGAGACUACGUCUACAUUUUCCAUUCUUUCCGAAUGGAAGAGUGUGCUCCAGGCGGUUGCCUGAUGGAGUUGUGCAUCCAGCUCAGUAUCAUCAUGUUGGGCAAGCAGCUGAUUCAGAACAAUUUGUUUGAGAUUGGCAUCCCAAAAAUGAAGAAAUUUAUACGAUACAUGAAAUUAAAGCGUCGGCGUUCUUUAGACCAUGAAGAGCACAUGAAAAAAAAGCAGCGUUAUGAAGUGGACUAUAACCUGGAGCCUUUCGCUGGACUUACCCCUGAAUAUAUGGAAAUGAUUAUUCAGUUUGGGUUUGUAACUUUGUUCGUUGCAUCCUUCCCGCUGGCGCCUUUGUUUGCUUUGUUGAACAACAUCAUUGAAAUCCGUCUAGAUGCGAAAAAAUUUGUUACUGAGCUGAGGAGACCGGUAGCAGUCAGAGCAAAGGAUAUAGGAAUCUGGUAUAAUAUCCUCAGAGGUAUUGGAAAGCUUGCUGUCAUCAUAAAUGCAUUUGUGAUCUCAUUCACAUCCGACUUCAUUCCACGCCUCGUGUACCUGUAUAUGUACAGUGAGAAUGGCACCAUGCAUGGCUUCGUGAACCAUACACUAUCUUCUUUUAAUGUCAGCGAUUUUCAAGCAGGAACAGCUCCAAACGACCCCAUGGAUCUUGGCUACGAGGUUCAGAUAUGCAGAUACAAAGACUAUCGAGAACCCCCCUGGUCUGAAAACAAGUAUGACAUUUCAAAGGAUUUCUGGGCUGUCCUAGCAGCAAGAUUAGCAUUUGUGAUAGUUUUCCAGAACUUGGUCAUGUUUAUGAGUGACUUUGUUGACUGGAUUAUCCCAGACAUUCCCAAGGACAUUAGUCAGCAGAUUCAUAAAGAGAAAGUUCUCAUGGUGGAGGUCUUCAUGAGAGAAGAGCAAGGGAAGCUGCAAAUGCUAGAAACCUGGAAAGACAAGGACAAGAAAAAAGGUGAAAACUGUAACAAUCACAGCCCCAGACUCUCCAGGAGCCACAGUGGGAGCUUGUCCUCCUGCCAUUCGUAUCCUCUUGAUGUAUAGAAGAGGAGGGAGUUCGGUGUGUUGGGGCAUUCCACUGAUCCACAAGCCAUCGCGUAAAGGGCAGGACUCGAUUAAUGGACAACCUGGUGCAUGUUGAAGGAUGUGCUGCCAUUUUGCUCCCAUCUUUGUGAGAAAUGCUCUUACAAAUAUGGAGGACCACAUUCUAUUUCUGAUAAUGUUGGGUUUUUUUCUUUUGCACAAGCAGUAAUGCAGGGAAUUUUUAUAUUUCAUCAUUAGGUAACACUAUUGACAUUGGUGUGCAUUAAUAAAUGCAGGUACUUAGUAUGUCUUGAUAGAGAUAUUCUCUGAGAAUCUGACCUUUAGCCUAUUAAUGAAGUAAUUAAAUUAAGGUACAUUUUAAGUAAUAAUAAUACUAAUUCAAAAUAUUUUUGGAACCCCAGGCUUGAAGGUCCAUGGGAUAACUCGAUAAAGUAUAUGCAAACUCAGCUUCAGGUUGUGCCCUAGUAUUCCUUUUGGCGGGAGGGAAACCAUGCCGAGCCCACCAGGCUGACUCUGUUUCCAGGACAGGGUUUAGCUCUGCGGGCAAACAUCUGUGUUUGAACCUGCAGGUCUGAAACCAGCGGAGCUCUCGCUGAGCUGUAGUGUCACACCAGCGUGUGGGGCACUUGUGGCAAUCUGCUGUGUACCCAGGGCCCCCUCCGGGGCACUGCUGUCUUCAUAAACAUCAGAAAAGUGAAUCUGGAAAAGUUGGUUUUUAUCAGUGAGCGACUGAUGUGGAUGAAGGUACCUCAGUGCCCCAGACUGCAGCAGCUGUGUUUGAGCAGUCGUAGAAUCGUAGGAUGGUUUGGAUUGGAAGGGACCUCUAAAGGUCAUCUGGUCCAGGCCCCCAGCAAUGCCUCACUUGUGGCUGGGCAGAGCAGCACAGUUUUGGAGAGCCUCCCGGCAGGUAGGUGAUCACAGAACGUUUUGAUAAAUGCCCUGAACUAAAGAGCACACAUAGAGAGCUACAGUGACUCACACUGCCCUGCCUAGUACUUGGGCACUGUUGUUGCUGAGGAAAGUCCCUUUUGCCCAUGGGUUUAGCACAUCCCUUUCUCAGCCAGGUUUUUCUCUGUAGCCCUCUGUUCUCUGCAGGAGAAAGGAGUCUGCACCCACUUUUCCCAGGCAGUUGCUCCUGCAGACUUUCUGCUGUUGGAUGGCAUUUCCCAGAGGAGUAAAUUCAAAAUACAUCCCACUUACUGUCUUCAAUGGAAGUUUUGCCUGCACUGGGGCUACAGGACCAGACCUUCAGUUAGUUACAGGACUUUUCUUUUGUCUUAAAAAUACUUUUUUGUACAAGGAGCUUCCUUAAAGUGUAAGUCUGAAAUCCCUACUUACGAUGCCUAGCUCAAUCCCAUCAGUACAACUCUUUUUAAGCAUAGUACAUUUUAGUUUUGCUUUGUCAAACGAUAAACUGCACUUCCAAAUAACAUUGGUGCAAUUAACCUCAUUUCUUUUAUUGCUUUGUCUUGUUCAUGGCACUUGCAUUACAAAUAUAAAACUGAAAAAUAGAAUAAAAAUGAAAGAUUUCUUUAAAGUCUAACUACUGUAUGGUUUGUUACAAAACCAAAUGUCAAAGACUGUUUUCAAGAAUUAGUUAUUUCUUUCUCCUUUUCUUUUUUCUUUGCCAAACUAAUUUAAAGAUUAAUGCUAGAACUUAAAAAAAUGCCAUAUUUAGCUUUUGAUAUAUUUAUUUGUUUUAAAGUAUGUGAUGAACUUGAUAUUUUUCUGUAGUCUGUCCAAAGAAGGUAGCAGAAAAAUUAUGUGGAAGAAAGAAAAUGGUAUUAACCAAAUAUUCUUGAAGCUUAUUUAAAAUAUUGAUCCAACCAAAGAUUUUUAUUAAUAAAGGGCUUAUAUUUUGUUAACUCUUGUUUCUGUUGUAUUUUGACUUGCAGGAAUGUCACUAUUUGUAAAAUUUGUAACAUGGUAGCUUCCUACUGUAGGGCCAAAUCCUGCCUGAUUUAUUCACACAAGAAGCAUUACGCCUGGUGAGUAAGUGUUUACCAGAUCAGGCCCGCUGACUGCAAUAGGACUGUGAGUGGGAAUAAGUCAAGCAGAAUUCUGUCCAAACAUCUUGUUGGAGAAGUGUUCUUCCUCUCAUUCCUUGGUAGCCCAAAAGAUCCAGAAGAAAGCCAAACAUGAACUACCUGUUCUGAAGAGAAAUCUUAGGGGAACUUCCUCGGAGAGGAUUUCAUCUGUAAAUACUUAUCCGAAAGUAUUCCCAACUUAAUACUGACAUUCCUGUAAAUGGUAGAACUAUAUCCUGAACACAUGAGAAUUUUUCAUUACUUGCUGAAAUCAUGAAACAGUAACAGUUGCUUAUACUUUCUUUUGUACAGUAAAUUGUUUGAAAUGGAAUUUUGUAUAUAAAAUACUGUAUUGCUACUUAGAUAACUAUAAAACUCUUUCAUGGAAUCAUUUUUUAAGAAAAGCAAAUAUAUACUAAACCUGU